AUGAAAAGAACCGUUUCUGUCAGAUGCCCUACCGCCCUUGCCAUUAGCGCUAACAGCUCCAUCCUUGGCCACAGUCAAGUUCGAGGUCUCUGCAGCUUUGACAGCCUUUUUGACGGGGCGGACCCCCGUGCGAUGGUGCACAACAUACUUGCCAACCCUACCUACCAGGACAAAAUAGACUAUGUGCCAUUUCGUGAACAUGGCUCAUCGGAUGACAUGCGCCGAUGGAAAGACUUCAUGUCAGGAGACUGGGCAUGGCAACAGGCAGACACCAUAUCGAAAGACCCAGAAACACACGGAUCUGCUUUGGUCCCCAUCAUUCUCGGUAGUGACAAGACUACUGUCUCUGUGGGCACUGGUAACAACAAAUACUAUCCCCUCUAUGCCUCGAUCGGUAAUGUACGCAACAAUGUGCAGCAUGCACACCGUGAUGCUCUUGUCAUCAUCAGUUUUCUCGCCAUACCCAAAACUGACAAGGAACAUUCUAAAGAUGUCAUAUUUCAGAUAUUUCGCCACCAGCUAUUCCACAGCUCACUAUCCACGAUUCUCUCCAGCCUAAAACCUGUUAUGACCCAGUAUGAGGUUGUGCGUUGUGGAGAUGGUCAUUUCCGGUGUGUUAUAUAUAGUCUAGGACCCUACAUAGCGGAUUACGAGGAACAACUCGUGCUAUCCUGUGUUGUCAAACAUUGGUGCCCGAAAUGUAUUGGAGUUCACACAAACCUUGAUGGUGGUGGCGUGUACCGCUGUCACGAGCAUACUGAUUUCUUGAUAAAAGAGCUACACGUGGAUAUAUUGUGGGAUGAAUAUGGUCUCAUUUGUGAUCUCGUCCCAUUCACUAAUGACUUCCCCCGAGCUGACAUUCAUGAGUUGCUGUCGUUUGACCUCCUCCACCAGCUAAUUAAGGGUGCUUUCAAAGACCAUCUCGUCGACUGGGUAGCGAAGUACCUCAAGGCCGUGCAUGGGACCAAACGAUCAGAGGAGAUCAUGAGUGACAUAGAUCGUAGAGUCGCUGCUGUAGCAUCAUUCUCUGGCCAUGACUUUAAACAGUGGACGGGCGAUGAUUCCAAAGCGCUCAUGAAGGUAUUUCUUCCAGCUAUCCAAGGCCACGUACCUCAAGACAUGGUGCACGUGUUUCGCACAUUGUUGGAAUUCUGCUAUCUUGUCUGGUGCAACGUCGUUACCGAAGAUACCUUGAGUCAAAUUCAAGACGCUCUUCAUCGUUUUCACCAUUACCGCAAGAUAUUUGAUAUUGUUGUUCCCACCUUCUCACUCCCCCGCCAGCACUCAAUGACUCAUUAUCACAUCAAGGCGGUAAAGGAGCCUUGGCGGUGGUCGAGCAGGCACAAUGCUCUUGGUCAGAUGCUUGUGACCAAUCAGCGCCUUGAUAAGCUCGCAGCAUCUUAUGUGGACUUUGAGGCGCGAGGGAUGCUCACUGGCACUAUCUUAUCAAAUGAAAACGAACAAGUCGUCCCUGCUAUUGCACCACAACCAGAUACCCCCGUUGUUGAACCGCAACCAGUGAUCGAUGCUGACAACGGUGAAAUAGUUGACGAUCUAGGGCUGAACCCGGAUGAUGUCCACAACCCUGAAGAUAUCCCAACUACUAGCUUGCCUCGACAUGAAGGCAAGCUUAUGGUCUUCAACUCUGCUGCCGCAACGUUUUAUGCUCCCAGUGAUCCGAGUGGCAUUGAUUCAGAUGCUGAAGGGAUGCGAGGACUCGAAGUUGCGAGAGUCGUAUGUUUCUUUUCUUUUCAACACAGCUCUGGAGGAGUGUAUCCAUGCGCUCUCAUACAAUGGUUCGAGAAGAUCGGUGAUUGUCCCGACGAAAAUACUGGCAUGUGGAUGGUCACUCCAAGUUUUCAUGAGGAUGGCUCGAGGAACCUUGCUGUUAUUCAUAUUGAUACCAUCUUCUGUGCAGCACACCUGAUACCUAUCUACGGUUCUGAGUACAUUCCUCACUCCCUCAAGUUUUAUCAUUCUCUUGAUACUUUCCGCUCAUUCUAUGUCAAUAAAUAUGCUGAUCACCACGCCUUCGAGACAGCAUCCUGA